UGCUUUCAUUUGAAGUUCCAAUACCUGACUCUAAAGAUAUGAAAAUCACAGAAGAUAUUGAAAACAUCCCCAUCCCAGAGGACUCUGAAGAACAGCCAACUUCAACUGAAUUGGUCAAUGAGCAGGAUUUAAACACAUAUUCAUCAAGAGGUGCAGCUGCCGAGGAGCAGAUUGAGAUUGAAGAAGACGACUUUCCUCUUGAGAGUUAUAAUUCCAGCAAGGAUGCUCAGAAUGAGCUGGAUUCAAUCUAUGCCAAGCGUCCUAGAACAUUUCAUUUUAAGAACUCAGAUGAUUUCAGGUCUCCCAGAACUGGGAAGAAGAAUGACCAUGGCAGGAGCAGUGUCCAAAAUUUUGAAAGCAGGGAUAUAAAGUUCCCUGGAAGGGAUAUAAAGCUCCCUGAAAGGGAAAUAAAGAACUUUGAUGUUGUUUAUGAUGUGAGAGAAUUGGUGAAAGAGGAGAGACAAGGAAGAAGAUCGAAUUCUGGAGAAAAUCUAAAUUUUGGACUAAAUACUCGGGGUUGUGCUGCUGAUAUGGCUUGUGUUCAAUAUGAUGAAUGUGGUCCUGACGGAUAUGUAAAAGGAAGUAGAAACCAGAAAAACUUCCAUGUAGGUGGUAGAGGCAUGCUUCAGAAAUGUAUCCUGUACGAGAAUGGUAUUGAGGAAACAGGAUUCUGUUGCAGAACUUAUAAUUUUUAACACAAGUCUUCUUUAUUCAGUUCGGCAUUCAUUUCUAAACUUUGUAUUCUCAAUUCUAAUAUAUAAUGUAAUAACAAAAAAAUAUAUUUUUACUACUAUUUUUUAAA